AGUAAAUAAAAAUUUAUAUUCAACCCCUAUCCCGGCCAACCCAUUGGGUGUCGUCCAAGAUAUACUACCUUGUUCAUCAUCUUCUUCUUCGUCAGCUCUUCAACCAGAGGUCUCACCGAUCUGCAGAUUCAUCACCGAUAUUGCUAUACGUAUGUCGAUCUUCGAGUACAACGGGAGUGCCCUAGUGGCGAUGGUGGGGAAGAACUGCUUCGCCAUCGCGAGUGACCGCCGGCUCGGUGUACAGCUGCAGACCAUCGCCACUGAUUUCCAGAGGAUUUACAGAGUUCACGGAAAGCUGUUCAUUGGCCUCUCCGGCCUGGCCACAGAUGCCCAAACCUUGUAUCAACGUCUUGUGUUCCGUCACAAGUUAUACGAGCUCAGAGAAGAGAGAGAUAUGAAGCCUGAGACUUUUGCCAGCCUUGUAUCUGCCAUUCUAUACGAGAAAAGAUUUGGUCCAUACUUCUGCCAACCUGUAAUUGCUGGUUUAGGAGAUGAUGACAAGCCUUUUAUUUGCACAAUGGAUUCAAUUGGAGCAAAGGAGCUUGCCAAAGAUUUUGUUGUUGCUGGGACUGCUUCAGAAUCACUAUAUGGAGCCUGUGAGGCCAUGUUCAAGUCUGAUAUGGAACCCGAAGAACUAUUCGAGACAAUCUCUCAAGCACUCAUAGCAUCAGUGGACCGGGACUGCUUGAGUGGCUGGGGUGGACAUGUUUAUGUCGUAACGCCGACUGAAGUGACAGAGAAAAUCUUGAAGGGCAGAAUGGACUGACCAUUUCGUAUGAAGCCGGGAGAUCUAUAUCUUAUUACAUACAUUUCCACCCUUUUCCCCAGUGCGGCUUCCGUACCAGUUUUCUACUACCAACCAUUCAAGUUCUCUGUUUCUGAUGUUUGAAUGAACCCCUGGCAUCGAUGUCUAUUCACAACGUUAUUUCUUUUUCGAAAGUGUAUUUUACCAUUUUCCCUAUUUUGAUUGUGAACGAUUUUAGAAACGUUGGCAAGAGACAUUUAAAGACUUGUAAUGCGUAUUUCCCUCAAACUCCGUAUUGUUUAUGAAAUAUUCGUAUUUGUAACCUAUUCGAUCUACACUUUCAAAGACUUUUGACAUGUUUGAUUUUAAUGGGGGCUUUGAUGGCUAAUUUUUAGGUGCACAUAAAAUUACAUAGACUCU